AUGGCAAAAAUUAUUGACUUAGCAUAUUGGGUUCUCAUAUUAACAAUUUUCAUGAGUGGAGAAUUACUCCAAGGAAGAACGAUUUCGAAUGCCGUUGACAAAGCAAUAGUAAAAACCAUUAAGGCUGGAACAGAUGAGAUCAUCGAUUGUUAUGAUAUUCACAUACAACCUAGUCUUAAUCAUCCUUUGCUUUAUAAUCAUACAAUACAGACAACCCCAAGUUCGUCCCCAAAAGAAAUAAAAUCAAAUAACUAUGGGACACUUCAACUUACACAAACUUGGCAUAAGUAUGGAUCAUGUCCUCAAGGAUCCGUCCCUAUUCGAAGGAAAGGAAAAGACAAUAACCCCGCUCUUUUGCAUAAUUAUCAUCAUCCAAAAUCAUCACCAUAUAAGAUAACAAAUGCGUCACAACCAAAUUCCCUCGGUGCAAACAACCAUGAGUAUGCGGCGAUUAAGGCACAUGGCAACUUUUUAGGAGCACAAGCUAAAAUAAAUCUCUGGAAACCGGUUCUUGAAAUACCUGCUGAAUUUAGUGUAUCCCAAAUUUGGGUUGUUGGUGAAGGAGACGGCCCUCUCAAUUCAGUUGAAGCUGGAUGGAUAGUGGGUCGCGCUGACAACCUUACUAAAUUUUUCAUAUAUUUUACGGCGGACGGAUACGGAUCAACAGGUUGCUACAAUCUAGACUGUAAUGGUUUUGUACAAACAUCGUCAAGUAUUGUCCCUGAUUGCAGUUUUACUGAGAUGUCCACUUUCAAAGGUGGUCAAAAAGAUGCCACAUUCAGUAUUCACAAGGACCAAAGUAGUGGAAAUUGGUGGGUAGAAGUACAAGGUACUCAGGUCGGUUAUUAUCCAAGUUCUCUCUUCAAACAAUUAUCAAAUAUGGCAACAACUGUAUCUUGGGGUGGAGAAAUUCUUAAUUGGAAAGAUCAAAGACGACAUACUUCGACUCAAAUGGGUAGUGGUCAUUUACCUUCAGAAGGUGGUUUAGGAAUAUCAAGUUAUUUUAAUUGGGUUCAAGUGUUUGACGCAAAUAACACGGCCAAAAACCCGGAAAAUGUUGAGAAAUUUAUUACGAAUCCAAACUGCUAUGAUUUGGAGAUUGAUGACCACCAUCUUGAUACAAAUGGUUAUGGUUUUUAUUAUGGGGGUCCCGGUUAUAGCAAUAAAUGUCAAUAA